CUUUGCCAAAUAAAUGGCAUGACCGCAACACAACUGAAAAGAAGUGAGAGGCCACUCUCACUCUGCCCUGUUUUUCUAUUUGAGACAGGGCAACAUAUAUAUUAAUGAUGUCCAAGUACAAGUUAAUUAUGAAUAACAUGGUUCAGCAAACAGAGAAUUCCACUGACUCAUGUCUGUGUCAGCAGCAUCCCCCUGUUAGUAAUCUGGCCUCAAGUUAAAUCAGCGGGACUUAAUUGUAAUGUUCACAUGCUUGUUUUUAGAGCCUGUGACUCACUAAAGCAGAACUGAGAUCCAAGAAGUCUAACGAUCAGGCCACAGAUUCACCUCCUGUGAGAUAAUCAAUUAGUUUGUUUGUGUGCCUGCCUGCUUUGUGGAACCGAAUGUGAUUGUCCUCCAGCUUAUUUAAGGUUCUCCUCUCCCCUACAGCGCACCUCUUAUCAUUCUGCACAUACAGAGGAUUUGUUGUGGCCGUAGCUGAAUGCAUACCAAGCAGGUCUUUGUUGAGCCUUUUUCCUUAGUCACAAUUCAGUUAAUACUCAAGGCACAUGGCUACAGCAGUAAGGUUCUGUUAGGUUUUAAGAGUAAAAUGUUUCAUGAGGUUCGCCUCAUAAAGUAGUGUUAUCAGAAUAUCUGUUAUCAGUAAGAGUUCUCUAAGGGUUUUUUUUUUUUUUUAAUGUAGCCUGGAUUGUAGGCCCACAGCCAAUACAACAUGAGGGAGAUAAGAUAUACUCUGAGGAGGAUGUAAUAGUACUUCAAGGUGUUCCCUGUGUAAGUCUAGCCAUUACCCCCCUGAAACCUCCCCAUUCCUUCGAGGUGAAUGUGAGAAGGUCUCGUCCUCUGGUGUCUGACGUCUAAGCGAGCAUGAGGCACGCUGUGACGUCUGUUCUGAGCGGAGGGGGCGUGGGUGUGCUGUAGUAAAACUGAAAUGAAUUCUGACUUCUGAUCAUUAGCGACACAUGACAAGGGAGGAAUCGCUGCCUGUUUCUCCGUCCAUAUAGCAAAUGGACCUUAAUGUAAUGUUUUUUGAAUAGUGUCUCUUCAUAUCCGGAUUAUUUAAGUUAAGUAGUGCUAUUAUCUUUAUGUAACCUGCUUGCUACCUCUAGUAUAUGCACCAUCAGCGGACGAUUCUUCAGAUUUACCAGCGGUCUGCCUCUUCAUGCUCACUGGCAAAUUUUGGACAGUUUGUCAUCGAGAAUAAGGCUACAGCGAAUAAAGGAGUGGAACAAAUCGCCUGCAGCACCGGCAUUCCCUUCAGUUUUGGAGAAGGGAAUACUCCGGGAAUAUACUGCUGACUCAAGACCAGCCCCGGUGUGCGGCAACCAAAAAUUAGACUUCAUUAGUUUUCGACUAAACAUCGUCAUCAUGCCGAGUAUGCGACAGUCGUACACUGUCACUGUCCCGGAGGACCCUCCGGCGGCCGCUUUCCCUUUCCACAAACAGGACCUGCGUAGAAAGAGUCCGCAGAUUUCCAGGUCGAUGCUGGUGUCCACAUUUGUCGGGCUCCUCAUUAACCAAGCCAAGAACUCCAAGAAUGCUCAGGGUCUGGUUGGAUUGAGGAACCUUGGCAACACAUGCUUCAUGAACUCCAUCCUGCAGUGUCUGAGUAACACCCAUGAACUGCGAGACUACUGCCUCCGAAAUUGCCACCUCAAAGACCUCAACAAAAGUUGCCGGGCCAAGGCUGCUCUCAUGGACGAGUUCGCCAAGCUGACUCAGACCCUCUGGACGUCAGCUGGCAAUGAGGCGAUAAGCCCGUCUGACUUCAAAACGCAGAUCCAGAAGUACGCUCCUCGCUUCGUAGGAUACAAUCAACAGGAUGCUCAGGAGUUUCUGCGCUUCCUGCUGGAUGGCCUUCACAAUGAGGUGAACAGAGUGGUGGGACGGCCGCGGGUGCCAGUGGAAGACUUUGACCACCUCUCAGACGACGAGAAAGGGGAACGAAUGUGGAACAAGUACCUUGAGAGGGAGGACAGCAAAGUCGUUGAUCUGUUUGUUGGACAGCUGAAAAGCUCACUGACUUGCAAUGAAUGUGGCUUCUGCUCCACGGUGUUCGAUCCAUUCUGGGAUCUGUCUCUGCCCAUCUCCAAGAAAGGCUCGGGUGAGGUGACUUUGAAUGACUGUAUCAGACUUUUCACCAAAGAGGAUGUGCUUGAUGGAGAUGAGAAACCGAUCUGCCAGAGGUGUAAAUCCAGACGAAAAUGCACAAAGAAAUUCACCAUCCAAAAAUUCCCUCAAAUCCUCGUGCUUCACUUGAAACGCUUCUCUGAGCCAGGACGUGUGAAGACUAGCAAGCUGUCCACAUUUGUCAACUUCCCUCUCAAAGAGCUGGACCUCAAGGAAUUCUCCUCUGAGAACAGUGCAACCGCUAUCUACAACCUGUAUGCCGUAUCUAAUCACAUAGGAAGCACGCUGGGGGGGCAUUACACCGCAUACUGUCGCAACCCUGCCCUUGGGGAGUGGUACUCAUAUAAUGACUCAAGGGUGAGCCCCAUUUCUUCCAGUCAGGUGCGCAGCAGUGAUGCCUACGUGCUGUUCUACGAACUUGCAACCUCAUCACACAUGUAAAUGGGGCCAAAGGCUGGGCCUUCAGCUAGGAAUUAAACGACGGACUCACUCCAGGGCUAGCAGCUAGGGUUGGAGCUAUGCCACCCAGUACAGCCUUGGCCCAAGCUAUAGACUGAAGCGAGGUACAGUUUGGCGUUAUGGCAGAGUGGGACUGAGAACUUCACUGAGCUCAUGCUUUGGGACUCCAACACAGCCACCGAUCUGCAGUGUGUCUUAGGGACGUUAAGGACUGCUCUGUGGCUGGGGACUUCAUUAAAGCUUAUGCCCAUUGUUCGAACUACUUGACAGGACCACGAGUCCGCUCUCCUUCACUCCCAGUCAGAGAUCAGCAUGACUCUGGUACAGAGGGAGGUGGGGAUGAACCUGCUUGUCUCCCCUGGGACAUUAGAGCAACUGGUCUGGACCGCAACUCUAAUGAAUGAGCAGGACAACAAAUGUAUGUUUGUGUGUGUAUGUGUGUGUGUGUGUGCGUGUGUGUGUGUGUGUGUGCAUGAGUGUGUGUUUGUGUGUGUGUGUUUAUUGACUAUCUAUGUUGUUGACUAUCUCUAUGCACUGUGCAAGUGAAGCGCUAAAAUCCCAGCUUGGUCACAUCGGUGUCCAGUUCAGAGAUGACUGUGGCUACGCUACGCUAACAACUCAGCUCUUCCUUUGUCCUCUAAUUUAUCUCAUUAUUUAAUGCUGCUUGUCGUAGCACUUUCUUUAAACCCUCACUGUGGCACAAUAGAUUGUCUUGUAUCGCCCCCUGGUGGUAAGCCAUGGUGCAGGUUGGUCAGAUAGCUAACAAAAAAAGUUUUUUUUAUUGCACUAGUUCAGAGAUUACCAUAAGAUGUCUUUUACUAAGCCAGCAAACCUACGUACUGCUCGGUGUGGUGUGGUCCAUGGUUUGAACAAACAUCUGCACUGUCGUAUAGUCCUUGAAGACCACAGUAACGCAGCCCUGCACCUCAGGCUCCCCAUAGGAGCUCAUGCUAGUUUCUGAUCGCCUGGAGAGUGCCUCUGCAACCACGUCUCGUUCCUUUCCUCAAUCUGAAGUAACUGUGGAGGCUGGAAUAGUGUUGUGGGAUCAGAAGUGGAGUCUUUUGUGGGCUGAAAUGAAAUGUUUCGUGGCUGUGUGAUGUCGCUCACGACGCUGUCUGAAAAUGCAAAUGAACCAUCUCGACCUUUUUUUCACUGGUGUAUGUAAAUAAAAUAAAAUGUAUCUGUUCCAACCA